GCUGCGCUCCGGCGCCUGGUGCGCCCUCCCUGCCGGGGCCGGGGGCCGGGGAUGCUCUCGGCGCCCAGGAGCCAUGGUCCGCUUCGGGGACGAGCUGGGAGGCCGCUAUGGGGGCGCCGGCGGCGGGGAGCGGGCCCGGGGCGGCGGGGCCGGCGGGGCCGGUGGCCCCGGUCCCGGGGGGCUGCCGCCGGGCCAGCGGGUCCUCUACAAGCAGUCGAUCGCGCAGCGCGCGCGCACCAUGGCGCUGUACAAUCCCAUCCCGGUCAAGCAGAACUGCUUCACCGUCAACCGCUCUCUCUUCGUCUUCAGCGAGGACAACGCCGUCCGCAAAUACGCCAAGCGCAUCACCGAGUGGCCUCCGUUCGAGUACAUGAUCCUGGCCACUAUCAUCGCCAACUGCAUCGUGCUGGCCCUGGAGCAGCACCUGCCUGACGGCGACAAGACGCCCAUGUCCGAGCGCCUGGAUGACACGGAGCCCUAUUUCAUCGGGAUCUUCUGCUUUGAGGCGGGCAUCAAGAUCCUGGCCCUGGGCUUCGUGCUGCACAAGGGCUCCUACCUCCGCAAUGGCUGGAACGUCAUGGACUUCGUUGUGGUCCUCACGGGUAUUCUCGCCACAGCCGGGACGGACUUCGACCUGCGGACGCUGAGGGCUGUGCGUGUGCUCCGGCCCCUAAAGUUGGUGUCUGGGAUUCCAAGCCUGCAGGUGGUGCUCAAGUCCAUCAUGAAGGCCAUGGUCCCGCUGCUGCAGAUCGGCCUUCUGCUCUUCUUCGCCAUCCUCAUGUUCGCCAUCAUCGGCCUCGAAUUCUACAUGGGCAAGUUCCACAAGGCCUGCUUUUCCAACAGCACCGACCCAGAGCCUGUGGGUGACUUCCCCUGUGGCAAGGAGGCUCCGGCUCGGCUCUGUGAGGGUGACACCGAGUGCCGCGAGUACUGGCCAGGACCCAACUUCGGGAUCACCAACUUUGACAACAUCCUGUUUGCCAUCUUGACGGUGUUCCAGUGCAUUACCAUGGAGGGCUGGACAGACAUCUUGUACAAUACCAACGAUGCAGCUGGUAACACCUGGAACUGGUUAUACUUUGUUCCUCUCAUCAUCAUCGGCUCGUUCUUCAUGCUCAACCUGGUGCUGGGGGUGCUGUCAGGAGAGUUUGCCAAGGAGAGAGAGAGGGUGGAGAACCGUCGGGCCUUCUUGAAGCUCCGCCGGCAGCAGCAGAUCGAGCGUGAGCUCAACGGGUACCUGGAGUGGAUCUUCAAGGCCGAGGAAGUCAUGUUGGCUGAGGAGGACCGGAAUGCGGAAGAGAAGUCCCCUCUGGAUGUGUUGAAGAGAGCAGCUGCCAGGAAGAGCAGAAGCGACCUCAUCCAGGCCGAGGAAGGGGAGGGCCGACUUGCAGGCCUCUGUGCUCCUGGGUCCCCCUUUGCCCGUGCCAGCCUGAAGAGUGGGAAGACAGAGAGCUCGUCAUACUUCCGGAGGAAGGAGAAGAUGUUCCGUUUCUUCAUCCGGCGCAUGGUGAAGGCACAGAGCUUCUACUGGACAGUGCUGUGUGUCGUGGCACUGAACACGCUCUGUGUGGCUAUGGUGCACUACAACCAACCACAGCGGCUCACCACAGCACUGUACUUUGCAGAGUUCGUGUUCCUGGGGCUCUUCCUCACAGAGAUGUCUCUGAAGAUGUAUGGCCUGGGGCCCAGGAGCUACUUCCGAUCCUCCUUCAACUGCUUCGACUUUGGGGUCAUCGUGGGCAGCAUCUUUGAAGUGGUCUGGGCAGCUGUGAAGCCGGGGACGUCCUUCGGAAUCAGUGUGCUACGGGCACUGCGCUUAUUGAGGAUUUUCAAGGUCACCAAGUACUGGAACUCCCUUCGGAACCUGGUGGUGUCUCUGCUCAACUCCAUGAAGUCCAUCAUCAGCCUCCUCUUCCUGCUCUUCCUCUUCAUUGUGGUUUUUGCUUUGCUGGGGAUGCAGCUGUUUGGGGGCCAGUUCAACUUCAAAGACGAGACCCCCACAACCAACUUUGACACCUUCCCAGCUGCCAUCCUCACCGUUUUCCAGAUUCUGACUGGAGAGGACUGGAAUGCGGUAAUGUACCAUGGGAUCGAGUCACAAGGUGGAGUCAGCAGGGGAAUGUUCUCCUCCUUCUACUUCAUUGUCCUGACUCUGUUUGGCAACUACACCUUGCUGAACGUCUUCUUGGCCAUUGCUGUGGACAACCUGGCCAAUGCGCAGGAGCUGACCAAGGACGAGGAGGAGAUGGAAGAAGCUGCUAAUCAGAAGCUUGCCCUGCAGAAGGCCAAGGAAGUGGCUGAAGUCAGUCCAAUGUCUGCCGCAAACAUCUCCAUUGCUGCCAGGCAGCAGAACUCGGCCAAGGCCCGUUCUGUGUGGGAACAGCGUGCCAGCCAGCUGCGGCUGCAGAACCUGCGGGCCAGCUGUGAGGCGCUGUACAGCGAGAUGGGCCCCGAGGAGCGCCUGCGCUAUGCCACCACACGCCAUCUGCGGCCUGACAUGAAGACCCACCUGGACCGGCCCCUGGUGGUAGAGCCGGGCCGCGAUGCCCCGCGGGCCCCCUCGGCCGCCAAAGCCCGGUUGGAGGGCGGGGAGGCCCCCGAGAACGCGGACCCACCGCGCAGGCACCACCGGCAUCGAGACAAGGACAAGGCUGCGGCCCCCUUGGCUGGGGAGCAGGACCGAGUGGACGCCCCAAGGGCUGAGAGUGGCGAGCCGGGGCUCCGUGAGGAGCGGGCGCGGCCCCGUCGGAGUCGCAGCAAGGAGGCCCCGGGCACCCAGGAGGUGCGCGCUGAGCGCAGCCGAGGCCCGUGCCCUGAGGGCGGCCGGCGCCACCACCGGCGUGGCUCCCCGGAGGAGGCCGAGCGCGAGCCCAGGCGUCACCGCGCGCACCGCCAUGUGACCGAGCAGUGCAAGGAUGGCGCAGGCAAGGGCGAGCGGCGCGCACGCCACCGUGCUGGCCCCCGGACCGGCCCCCGGGAGGCUGAGAGCGGCGAAGAGCCUGUGCGGCGGCACCGGGCCCGACACAAAGCAUUGCCCGCUCCAGAGCCCCCGGAGAAGGAGGCCCCGGAGAAGGAGACCGGGGACACCGAGAAGGAGAUGCAGAACCACCAGCCCAAGGAGCUGCAUGGUGACCUGGACACUACAGGGACACUGGGCAUGGGUCCAGUACUUGCACUGCCAAGCACCUGUCUGCAAAAGGUGGACGAGCAGCCGGAGGAUGCAGACAACCAGCGAAACGUCACUCGCAUGGGUGGCCAGCCCUCAGAUGUGAGCACCACUGUGGACGCCCCAGUGGCCCCCACUGGCCAGCCCGGGGAGCCCUCAGCAGUUCCCAGCAGCCACGUGGACCUGGAGAGCCAGGCCGAGGGGAAGAAGGAGGUGGAGGCAGACGACGUGAUGAGGAGCGGUCCCCGGCCCAUUGUCCCAUACAGCUCCAUGUUCUGUUUGAGCCCUACAAACCUGCUGCGCCGUUUCUGCCAUUACAUCGUCACCAUGCGGUACUUUGAGAUGGUCAUCCUCACAGUCAUCGCCUUGAGCAGCAUCGCCCUGGCCGCUGAGGACCCCGUGCGGACCGACUCACCCAGGAACAACGCUCUGAAGUACAUGGACUACAUUUUCACUGGUGUCUUUACCUUUGAGAUGGUGAUAAAGAUGAUCGAUUUGGGGCUGCUGCUACACCCUGGAGCCUACUUUCGGGAUCUGUGGAACAUUCUGGACUUCAUCGUGGUCAGUGGUGCCCUGGUUGCAUUCGCCUUCUCAGGAUCCAAAGGGAAAGACAUCAGCACCAUAAAGUCUCUGAGAGUCCUACGUGUCUUGCGGCCCCUCAAGACCAUCAAGCGAUUGCCCAAGCUCAAGGCGGUGUUUGACUGUGUGGUGAACUCCUUGAAGAACGUGCUCAACAUCCUCAUCGUCUACAUGCUCUUUAUGUUCAUCUUUGCUGUCAUUGCCGUGCAGCUCUUCAAAGGAAAGUUUUUCUACUGCACUGACGAGUCCAAGGAGCUGGAGAGGGACUGCAGGGGUCAGUACCUGGAUUACGAGAAGGAUGAAGUGGAAGCCCAGCCAAGGCAAUGGAAAAAGUAUGACUUCCACUACGACAACGUGCUCUGGGCCCUGCUGACACUCUUCACGGUGUCCACAGGAGAAGGCUGGCCCAUGGUACUGAAACACUCCGUGGACGCCACCUACGAGGAGCAGGGCCCAAGCCCUGGGUACCGCAUGGAGCUGUCCAUCUUCUAUGUGGUCUACUUUGUGGUCUUCCCCUUCUUCUUUGUCAACAUCUUUGUGGCCUUGAUCAUCAUCACCUUCCAGGAGCAGGGGGACAAAGUGAUGUCUGAGUGCAGCCUGGAGAAGAACGAGAGGGCUUGCAUCGACUUUGCCAUCAGCGCCAAGCCCCUGACGCGCUACAUGCCUCAGAACAAGCAGUCAUUCCAGUACAAGACGUGGACAUUUGUGGUCUCGCCACCCUUCGAAUACUUCAUCAUGGCCAUGAUCGCCCUCAACACAGUGGUGCUGAUGAUGAAGUUCUACGACGCACCCUAUGAGUACGAGUUGAUGCUGAAGUGCCUGAAUGUGGUGUUCACAUCCAUGUUCUCCAUGGAGUGCGUGCUGAAGAUCAUCGCCUUUGGGGUGCUGAACUACUUCAGAGAUGCCUGGAAUGUCUUCGACUUCGUCACUGUGCUGGGAAGUAUUACCGAUAUUUUAGUAACAGAGAUUGCGAACAACUUUAUCAACCUCAGCUUCCUGCGCCUGUUCCGCGCCGCACGGCUCAUCAAGUUGCUGCGCCAGGGCUACACCAUCCGCAUCCUGCUAUGGACCUUCGUUCAGUCCUUCAAGGCGCUGCCCUACGUGUGCCUCCUCAUCGCCAUGCUCUUCUUCAUCUAUGCCAUCAUUGGCAUGCAGGUCUUUGGGAACAUUGCCCUUGAUGAUGACACCAGCAUUAACAGGCACAACAACUUCCGGACGUUUCUGCAAGCCUUGAUGCUGCUGUUCAGGAGCGCCACAGGAGAGGCCUGGCACGAGAUCAUGCUGUCCUGCUUGAGCAGCCGCGCCUGCGACGAGCACGCCAACGCCACUGAGUGCGGCAGUGACUUUGCCUACUUCUACUUCGUCUCCUUCAUCUUCCUCUGCUCCUUUCUGAUGUUGAACCUCUUUGUGGCUGUGAUCAUGGACAAUUUUGAGUACCUUACCCGGGACUCUUCCAUCUUAGGGCCUCACCACCUGGAUGAGUUCAUCCGGGUCUGGGCUGAAUACGACCCUGCUGCGUGUGGGCGCAUCAGUUACAAUGACAUGUUUGAGAUGCUGAAGCACAUGUCCCCACCGCUGGGGCUGGGGAAGAAAUGCCCUGCUCGCGUUGCAUACAAGCGCCUGGUCCGCAUGAACAUGCCCAUAUCCAGUGAGGACAUGACGGUGCACUUCACAUCCACGCUGAUGGCCCUCAUCCGGACAGCACUGGAGAUCAAGCUGGCACCAGCUGGGACAAAGCAGCAUCAGUGUGACGCAGAGCUGAGGAAGGAGAUUUCCUCUGUGUGGGCCAAUCUUCCCCAGAAGACACUGGACCUGCUGGUGCCGCCCCACAAGCCUGAUGAGAUGACCGUGGGGAAGGUCUAUGCAGCUCUGAUGAUAUUUGACUUCUACAAACAGAACAAAACCACUCGAGACCAGAUCCAUCAGGCUCCUGGAAGCCUGUCCCAGAUGGGCCCUGUGUCCCUGUUCCACCCCCUGAAAGCCACCCUGGAACAGAAACAGCCAGUGCUGCGGGGAGCACGGGCUUUCCUCCGCCAGAAGAGCUCUACUUCUCUAAGCAAUGGUGGGGCCAUACAAACCCAAGAAAGUGGCAUCAAGGAGUCCGUUUCUUGGGGCACACAGAGGACCCAAGAUGUUCUCUGCGAGGCAGGAGCCACCCUGGAGCGUGGCCACUCAGCCGAGAUCCCUGUGGGACAAUCACAAGCACCGGCUGUCGCCGUACAGAUGCAGAACAUGGCCUCAAGUGGCCCUGAGGCCGAGCCCCAGCCGGGGCUGGAGAGCCAGGGCCGAGCUGCCUCUAUGCCCCGCCUGGCAGCAGAAACACAGCCUGUGUCUGAUGCCAGCCCCAUGAAGCGCUCCAUCUCCACCCUGGCCCAGCGCCCCCACGGGGGCCAUCUGUGCAAUGCCCUGGACCGGACCGGCCCCAGCCAGGCGCCACACCACCACCACCACCGCUGCCAUCGCCGCAGGGACAAGAAGCAGAGGUCCCUGGAGAAGGGCCCUGGCCCUGCCGCUGACACCGAAGGUGUACCCAACAGCACCGUGGGUCCGGGACUGCGUCCAGGAGAGGGGCCCUCAAGCUGCCGGCGGGAGCGCAGGCAGGAGCGGGGCCGGUCCCAGGAGCGCAGGCAGCCCUCCUCCUCCUCCUCGGAGAAGCAGCGCUUCUACUCCUGUGACCGCUUUGGGGGCCGUGAGCACCCGCAGACCAAGCCCUCCCUUAGUAGCCACCCCACAUCACCAACAGCCGGUCAGGAGCCAGGACCCCACCCACAGGGCAGUGGUUCAGUUAAUGGGAGCCCCUUGAUGUCAACAUCUGGUGCUAGCACCCCAGGCCGUGGUGGGCGGAGGCAGCUUCCCCAGACCCCCCUGACCCCCCGCCCCAGCAUCACCUACAAGACCGCCAACUCCUCGCCCGUCCACUUUGCUGCGGCUCACACCAGUCUGCCCGCCUUCUCCCCCGGCCGCCUCAGCCGGGGCCUUUCAGAACACAAUGCUCUGCUGCAGAGAGACCCGCUCAGCCAGCCCCUGGCCCCCAGCUCUCGCAUCGGCUCUGACCCCUACCUGGGCCAGCGUCUGGACAGCGAGGCCUCCGCCCACAUCGUGCCCGAGGACACACUCACCUUCGAGGAGGCCGUGGCCACCAACUCGGGUCGCUCCUCCAGGACUUCCUACGUGUCCUCCCUGACCUCCCAGUCCCACCCGCUCCGCCGGGUCCCCAAUGGCUACCACUGCACUCUGGGGCUGGGCACGGGCAGCCGGGCGCGGCACAGCUACCACCACCCCGACCAGGACCACUGGUGCUAGCUGCCCCACCCAGCCCCUGCGGCCAGCCACGAGUUCUUUCAUCCGCGCAGGGGAGGGGGCUCCUGCUGCUGCUGCUCCCUCCGCUUCACACCGGAUGGAUUAAUAAAGCCCUUCUGUGGAGGGAUGUGGCUCUCUGUCCCCCUCGUGUGCUGUCCCCCACCCUGGUCUCACACCACUCAAUCCUGCAGAAGUGGCUAUGCUGAGAAGGCCCCUGGGUAGUGCAGUGCUGUGUGUGUGUAAGGAGGGUGGGGGCACCCAGAGCCCAGGGCUGUGUGUGGAGGGAGCCUGGCCACUGUCACUGCUGUUGCUUCUCUGACAGCAAAUGAAAGCCCACCCGGUCUUCCCCAGGUGUCCCACCCUGAUGGGGACCAAACCUGGAGAGUGUCCUUUCUGCUGGCUUUCUUGUGUGUUUUCCACACUUCACAUAGAAAAGGCAGGAAAUGAAGAAAGUCAAGAGGGCAUGGCUGCCCUCACUCGUGGAGUGGUGUGGACAGAGGGCAUGGCUGCCCUCACUCGCAGAGUGGCGUGGAAAGUCCACUUUUCACUGUGCUGUCAGCGCUGUGAGGAGGGGCCCACACAGGUGCCGUCCCCCAGGCGGCCAGUGGCCCCUGCCUCCACUGCUCUUGACCAAGUGCCUGACCCCGCCCCGGUGCGCUGGGCUCCCACCCCAUGGUUCAGGGCGAGGCCUUGUGGACUUCAUGGAGAGCUUUGUGAAAACCAUUGAAGACAGCGGCCGGGAGGGAACAAGUGGGAGCGCAGUGCAGUGGAAGGCACCCCUGGGUGUCGCCGUGGAAAGCUAGGCAGCUGUCCCAACC